AUGGCAAAAAUCGAAGUAGAGCCAGAAUCCGACCAUGAUGAUUAUACAGUUGAAGAUAAAUUCGGAAUACCUCUUUCUCGACCUUCAGAAUUAGGAGAGAUACCACACGAUGAACAAAUGCGGCUGAUAAACGAGACAGGGAUAUUGGGCCGGUUGCCAGCCAAAGAUGAGGAGAAGCUUUCGCCUUUAGUUGAUAGUAUACUUGAUACCACUAUCAUGGCUAUACCACUCGGUACGCUCUAUAUCGUACUUGAUCUUUUGGUCCAGCAACAAUACGCCCAACAACCGACUAUCAAAGAGGAGGUUGGAAGAGUUGUGACAAACGUCCCUAUCCUUUUCAUUCUGAUCUAUUACACGAAUAAGUACAAGGCGACUCCGUUGGCUCAGCUCAUGUUGUUCUUGACGGCAAUACUAGCGGGGCCACGUAUGAUUUGGUUGGUGAAUAAAGGUUCUUGGCUACACGUCACUCGUCAGGCGCCUCCUUUAGGCACAAUUUGGAUUUAUACAAUUAUCCAGCUCAAUCUUAUGCCGGCUGUAGCCAGUCUCGCUAUAGUUUUUGGUCUAGCCAAAUUUAUGAACUGGAAACUAGUGUUUUGA